AUGGGCUGGUUCUGGGCGGACAGCCCGAAACCCAAUGCAUCAAUAGUUGCUUCACAUCAACCUGCUACUCCUCCCCCAGCAUGUCCUAUGCACCAAUCCGACUCGAAAGCAACACCAUUUCCUCCACGCCGCGAUCAAUCCUCCUCACAGCCCUUCUCAUGUCCUGUCCAAUCGUCCAAUCAUCCCCUCCGCAACCCGACAGCUCCCAACCAACUUCAAUCCUCUGAACAACAAGUUCAAUCAACCCGGUCAACCCCUUCCUCCUCGUCGACGCUCUCCAAAUUCAAUCCUCUAAACUACAUGCCCUCGCUAUCCAAUACUCGACCAGCCGACUCGCCACAAGAUGUCUCCCUCCCGUUAGAACGAGAAAUCUCCUCCAUCCCGCGCGGGGACUCGAACUUGAACUGGGAAUACCCGUCCCCCCAACAGAUGUACAACGCAAUGCUGCGUAAGGGCUACACGGAUACCCCCACCGACGCCGUCGAAUCCAUGGUCGCCGUCCACAAUUUCCUUAACGAAGGCGCCUGGCAGGAGAUCGAGGAAUGGGAACGUAUAUUUGGGAAAGGCCUCGUACACGGCUGGGAGAUAUGUAGUCGAGGAGAACAAGGAAUCGCCAUGGACCGCGCAAAACAUGAAAUGAUGAGUGCCCGUCAACGAGCCAUGGGCCUGCCGGAUCCCGAGGAGAACGCUCGCCCUAAAUUACUUCGUUUCCAGGGCCGACCUCAUGAACCGACACCCAAAGCCCGCAUACUCUCCGCCCUGGGUUAUGUGAUGCCCGAGAAAUUCGGUAGUGAACCUCCCUUUGAUCGCCACGAUUGGUAUGUCGCGCGUACCAUGCCCGACGGCUCCGUUAAGCAGGUCCGCUACGUUAUCGAUUAUUACUCCGGCGGUGUCCAGGCCACGGGCGAGCCCGUCUUCUACUUGGACAUCCGGCCCGCUCUGGAUAGCCCGACCGCGGCAGCCGAACGAGCAAUGAGAUGGGGCGGCGAUCUCUGGCAUCGUGCAACAGGAGGCGCUGCUCGGCAGGCCGCCGCGGGGAAUCAUGCGAAUAGAAAUGAGUCAUGA